CAAAGUUCUUUUUGAGUUCGUCGCUGUUAGCCAUGGUUUGACUGCCCAACCUGAGUUGCUAAACAUGCCGGCUUCAUGACCGCAAGGUCUCGUCGGUCAUUCUGGUUCGGCCAAGCUGCGCGAUAUUUGUUGCUUGUUGGUGCCAUUGCUUGCUUAUGCGGGUUUGGUUUUCUGUGGCGGGUGCACAAUGGAGCGAUGCAGACAUAUGGUGAUGACACCACCAAGAACAGUCAGCAACGGAUAGGCUUGCUGGACCAACAAUUGCGCAAACUCCUUGCCAGCCCUGGGCUGCCGGCUGUCUCGCCCAUAUCGUUGCCACUGCCUACGGCGUCGUCUGCCGAAGGCUGGUCAGGAUCAUUUGCAUCAGAAGGGCCACUUGACAUGAUAGGCUUGUCGCAAGGAGAUGCAGACAACCAAGAGACCGACCCUGAAGAAGGGAGUAGCGCAGGUGAUACAGAUUGCCACGACACACACCCAAAUGCUGACAGUCCUGACAUGCUCCACGUCGUGUUUGCAUCUGAUGCAAACCAAGCAGAAGGAGUCCAGGCAAGCGUGGCAUCUGUUGUGUCAUCCACAGCAUCACCGGAUGAGCUAACAAUUCACAUCAUUGUGCAAGCGCAGUCUUUGAAUGACUUCAAGAUGCGUUUUGGAAUUCGUCCAGAGUGCCAAGCAACUGUCAGCGUGACGGGCGUUCUCAUCAAGGUUCAUGCCGUUGAUGGACGCCUAAUUGAGAAAUCAGUGGCAAAGGUUUCGUCAAAUUUACGCAAGGAGCGAGGGGCGAUAGAUACGCCAGAAAAUUUUGCGCGCUUUUAUAUGCAUUUGAUUCUGGAGAGGGCAGUUGUUAUAUAUUUGGAUGCAGAUACGAUUGUGCAGGCAGACCUAGCUGAAUUGCGGAAGCAGCUUUUGGCCAGUGGGAAGACGAUUGGCUUUGUCUCUCGAGAGUCCGAGGUCAAGAUGGAUAAGUUUCUCAAGAAGCCAAAAGGCUGCAGUGCCCAGCUGGGAGCGAGUUGGAAGAAAUUGAUAGCCUUGCAAGCGUUCAACGUUGGGGUUUUUGCAGUGAACUUGCAGCGUUGGAAAGAACAGCAUGUUGCUGAGAGAGUGGAAGAACUGGUGACGCAGCACAACCGGUGUGGUGGCCAGCUUUGGGUUGGCGGCUCCCAGCCUCCCCUGCUGCUGGCCUUCCUGAACCUGAAGCAGGGUGAAGAGAAGGAUUACAUCGUUUUCCCUGCAGAGUGGAACUAUGGUGACUUGGGUUGGCGCAAGGGCAUUUCAGCAUCAAAGCUUCAGUCGAAGAAAGUCUUGCACUGGAAUGGAAACCGAAAGCCCUGGAAGACGGUUGCUGCCUUACAGGGGACAAGACAAAGUACAGUUCACACAAAAAGGGCAGACUGUGAGUUUGAAGGGGUGCCCUCCAGUUUCCGAACAUCUGAGGAAGGUUUGUACAAGGAAAUGUGGCUUCCACACCGUCAACGAUUUGAUUCCUUGCUCAAGCCAUAUAGUGCCAGUGACACUGGUGGGUCUACUCAGCGGCCAGAUGUGAAGGACAAGCCUCCACCAAAAAAGAAAAGUAAAGGGCCGACAAGCACCACGACGCUGAGCCCUGAAGAGAUUGCUGCAAGGAAAGCAUGUCCUUCGGUGCUACUUUUAGAUGAAUGGAGUGAGGGCUCGCAAUGUACCAUUGGGAAAACCUAUGGCUGUGCAAGCGAGGGGAUGUAUGUGGGAGCUGGAUGCUCUGGCCUAUUCAGCGUGUCCGGCAAAGCCACUGUCUGUGGAGUUGGGCGAAGUAAGUGCGAACCAGGAGCUCUGCCUAAAGUUGCUGAUUGUGGGCUGAUGGUCCUUACAAGCUACUUUACCACAAAGAAAGACUGGCAACGUGGCAAAUAUGCAAAGCCGUCCUUUUCUAAAAUUCAGAAGCUCUACCAGACAGCCAUCACAAAUGGGCUGGCUGUGAGUGUCCUGUAUGAUUCCUUGCCUCAGGAUUUCAUAGAUGCGUACGCUUCCCACCGUUUCCGCUUUGUGCAAGUAAACUUGACAGAGUUCGACAAGAGGUACGGUGUAAAUGACGUCCGGUACUUCUUUUUCCAUCGCCUUCUCAACCAGAAUUCCGAUUGGAAAUCUGUCUUUAUUGUGGACGCUUUUGAUGUGCGAUCUGGGAUGAAUCCCUGCUCUGGGAUCCAGCCUGGCAAGAUUUUUGUCGGAGGUGAGCAAGACAGGCUCAAGAAGCAUCCAUGGAUGAAAGCACGCUUCCAGAAAAUGGGUGGCAAGUACAACCAAUGGUAUACCAGCAAGGUCACAGACAAAAUGAAGAUCCUGAACUGCGGCAUCACUGGGGGCCAGCGGGAUGUCAUGCUGAAAUUCCUCUCCCGGAUGGUGCAGGUUUUGCAGGAUCCAGCUUUAGCAAUUCGUCAAAAAAACGAAGACAUCAACUUGAAUAUGGCAGCUUUGAAUUACAUUUUGUACACGGAGUUUGACGGCAAGUUCCAAUAUGGACCGCCGGUCCAUUCGGUGUACAAAAGGUUUGAGAAUCGACGCAAAGAUGUGUGGUGGGUGCACAAAUGAAGGAUCAUACUGCUGAAGCAAGGGCUGAAGCAAGAAUUGGCAAAUUUGCGUCUGGCCUUCAUCAUGCAGAUUCUUUGCCAUGACCAAGAUGGUCCUUGUGGGGCAAAGUUGUUUUUCCCUGGCAUGAUGAGUGUUCGGGCGAAAGAAAAUA